AUGGCCGAGUCUCCCGUGGAUGUCCUUCUGAAGGGCAGUUCAGGCCAAAGCACGCGCGGCUUAUUGAAAGUCAUCAUUCUUGUCACUAUUGCAGCCGCUGCAGUGACCAGUCGAUUGUUCAGUGUCAUCCGCUUUGAGAGUAUAAUCCACGAGUUCGACCCGUGGUUCAACUUCCGAGCGACAAAGUAUCUGGUUCAAAAUGGAUUCUACGCCUUUUGGGAUUGGUUUGACGACCGUACAUGGCACCCUCUGGGACGAGUUACUGGCGGUACGCUGUACCCUGGCCUCAUGGUGACCAGUGGUGUCAUCUACCAUAUCCUCCGAUUCCUGACCAUCCCCGUCGAUAUUCGCAACAUUUGUGUUCUGCUCGCGCCUGGGUUCUCCGGUUUGACCGCACUGGCAAUGUACCUUCUGACCAACGAAAUGUCCUCUUCCCCCUCAGCUGGUCUUCUUGCGGCGGCCUUUAUGGGCAUCACCCCGGGCUAUAUCUCGCGUUCAGUGGCAGGUAGUUACGACAACGAAGCCAUCGCCAUCUUUCUGCUUGUCUUCACCUUCUUCCUCUGGAUCAAGGCCGUCAAGAUCGGAUCGAUAAUGUGGGGAGCAUUGACUGCUCUCUUCUACGGCUACAUGGUGUCCGCCUGGGGUGGAUACGUAUUCAUUACUAACCUGAUCCCUCUGCACAUAUUUGUCCUUCUUUGCAUGGGCCGAUACAGCUCCAGACUCUACAUCAGCUACACCACUUGGUAUGCGCUAGGAACAUUGGCCAGCAUGCAGAUUCCUUUCGUGGGCUUCUUACCAAUUCGUAACAGUGAUCACAUGUCUGCACUCGGUGUUUUCGGCUUGCUUCAGCUUGUAGCUUUCGCCGACUUUGUCCGUGGCUUCAUUCCAGGCAAGCAAUUCCAGCGACUACUUACCGCCUCAAUCAUUCUCACAGCUGGACUCGCCUUUGUCGGACUUGUCGUAUUGACAAUGUCCGGGGUCAUUGCCCCCUGGAGCGGUCGCUUCUACUCCCUGUGGGACACCGGCUACGCCAAGAUUCAUAUUCCAAUCAUUGCUUCCGUCUCAGAGCAUCAGCCUACCGCAUGGCCAUCCUUCUUCUUCGAUCUCAACUUCCUUAUCUGGCUCUUCCCCGCCGGUGUUUACAUGUGCUUCCGUGAUCUCAAGGACGAGCAUGUUUUUGUUAUCAUCUACUCCGUUCUUGCGAGCUACUUUGCCGGUGUCAUGGUCCGACUGAUGUUGACCUUGACACCUAUUGUGUGUGUUGCGGCUGCUUUAGUGCUCUCGUACAUUCUUGACACCUACUUGAAGGUCUCCCCUGGUCCGGUCACUCGGGGCAGGUCGAACGAAGAUGCCUCUGAAGGUCUCCGCUCCGCCCGAACCCCAGAAGUUGGAAUCACCUCCUACUUCUCCAAGGCUAUGACGACUUCCUCCGUUAUCGUCUACCUUCUAUUGUUUGUCGCGCACUGCACUUGGGUGACUUCGAAUGCGUACUCAUCGCCAUCCGUGGUCCUAGCCAGUCGCAUGCCGGAUGGAAGUCAAUUCAUCAUCGACGAUUACCGUGAGGCAUAUUACUGGCUUCGUCAGAACACUCACGCCAAUGCCAAGAUCAUGUCCUGGUGGGAUUACGGAUACCAAAUUGGUGGCAUGGCAGACCGGCCAACGCUUGUCGACAAUAACACGUGGAACAACACGCACAUUGCCACAGUUGGAAAGGCUAUGAGCUCUCGCGAGGAAGUCAGUUACCCUAUCCUUCGCCAGCACGAUGUCGACUACGUCCUGGUGGUUUUCGGUGGGUUGCUGGGAUACUCUGGCGAUGAUAUCAACAAAUUCCUUUGGAUGGUCCGUAUCGCCGAAGGCAUUUGGCCCGAUGAGGUGAAGGAGCGAGAUUUCUUUACCGCAAGAGGCGAGUAUCGCGUGGACGACCAGGCCACCCCGGCCAUGCGCAACAGCUUGAUGUACAAGAUGUCAUACUACAACUACAACAAGCUCUUCCCAACCGGCCAGGCCACGGACCGUGUCCGUGGUACGAAGCUCCCUGCCGAGAGUCCGCAGCUCUCAACCCUAGAAGAAGCCUUUACCAGUGAGAACUGGAUCAUCCGUAUCUACAAGGUCAAGGACCUCGACAAUUUUGGCCGUGACCACAGCAACGCCGUCGCCUUUGACAAAGGAAACAAGCGAAAGAAGGCGACUAAGAAGAAGGGUGCUCGCCUUCUGAGAUCCGAGUAA